ACUAUCGUUUUCGUCGCUAUGGGCGGGAUCGCGCUUGGCGACGGCGUGCGCGACUCAGGCCUCCUCGAGGUCCUCGGCUCCGGCAUCCGCAGGCUCAUCAUGGGCAUGUCCCUCUACCCAGUCGUCCUCCUACUCUCCUUCAUCGUCCUCCUGAGUACCCCGACCACAGUGAUCUCAACGUUCAUCAGCAACACGAUCGCGAGCGUGCUCCUCAUGCCCAUCGCGUUCGACAUCGGCUGGAACAUGCCCGACGGCAACCACGCGAACCUGCUCGUCUUCCUCACCAGCCUCAUCUGCUCCACCGGCAUGGGCAUGCCCGUCUUGGGCUUCCCGAACCAGACUGCGGCGACGCAGGAGGAUGAGAUGGGCCAGCUCUACCUCUCCAACGUCGACUUCCUCAAGAAUGGCGUGCCCGCGAGCAUCAUCGCCACCUUCGUCGUCUCCACCGUCGGCUACCUCCUCAUGUGCGCCAUCAAGUACGCUCCCUCUCCCUCUCCCUCUCUUCAGCUGUACCGAGCGGACUGA